CGAACAUGGACACUGGCGCUACGCAGGGCAUGUCGGCUCUGCGGAUGGGCGCGGACGAGGACUCGGAGGCGGGGCACUUGGAGGCCAUCGAGGUGGACGACGACAACAUCGCGAGGACGGGAGCCUCUGCUGCUGCUGCUGGGCCCUCCUCGGCUCCCGGUCAUCUCGCGCCUGGGCUCACAGUCUCUCUUCGGGACGAGCUCAUGGUGGACUUCGUCGAGGAAGAGGUCAUGGUGCACCUCCCCUGGGUCGCUGCGGCGAACGCGGGGCAGGCCGCCACCGGUAGCCCAGCGGUCUUCUACCCGACAUGUUGGGCGGACCUCCAGGGCAUUUUGCAGAAGUUGGGUUACGGAGUGACCGCCGAGGAGGCCUGGCAUCUCCUGGGCCUGGCGAUGCUCGAUGGUCCGGACCCGUCGGAGCUCAUGAUUGCCAACAGGCGCCGCACGGCCGAGCAGCUCUGCGAGCUCGCUGUGGCCCCUCCAUGGGCGGAUGGGGAUCUCGCCCUCGCGCGGGGGUUCGCUGCCAAGGUCAACGAUGCGGCGGCGACUUGCGUGUCUGCGCUGCCCGUGGCUCUGGCCCAGCGCCGGCGUCUCAAGGUCACUGGGAGGCAGGUGGCACUAUGGGCCCCCACGGACCAGAAUGCGCUCACCAGGUUCCUCUCCCAGUUCAUGCGUCGCACGGCCGCGGCAGAGCGCCCGGCGGCCCUCUACCUCCUCGCCCCCGUGCCGCUGCAGGCAGGCAUGGGGACACUGGAGACAGUUCUGGACCUCUGGCACUCCCCGCUCUUGUCAGGGAAGUGGCCCCCCAUCGUGCGGGCAUACACGCUGACCUUGACACCCAUGGAGAUGCUGCUUCCGGGCGGUGGGUUCCCGCGUCACGUGUACCAAGGCCUCGCGGUCUUCCAUCUUGGCCACACGGAGCCGCGGGGGCUCCCGCGCUUGCUGGAGCCGCACGCCGCCAUCUGCACCGUGGAGGCGCCCAGGGUGAUGGUGUUGGACCUCCGGGCAGACGAAUACAACCGGACCAUGAACCUUCUCACGAACAGCGUCUUGCAGGGCGUCCUCAGCCGCGCACCGCGGCGCAGCCCAUUGAGCACUACGGCGAUUCCUCGCCUCUGCUUGGACUGGAUAUUGCCUCCAACAGUCCAGGACAUGGACAUAUUUCUCGUUCUCCGGCAUGGCCGUGGGGAGUCAUUAGCUUCAGACACCUUUUACGGCCUCCGCUCCAUGGUCGGACACGGGGAGGCGCUGCUCCUGGAGUUCUCCUCCAAGCUCGCGGUGCCGCACUACUGGCCGCUUUGUUCCCAGCUGGUCGCCAUCUCGCCCAGCAGGGUCGUCGUGUACACGGAGGCGGAGCCGGAGACAUGGACUGGCAAGAUGGACUAUGUCAUGCACAACGACGUGGAGGAGACAUCUGUCCGGCUACGCUGGCGGGCGUCCAAGCAUGGAGGCAGGGUGGUCGCGGCGCCGUCUGCCACCUCCCGCGGGCUGGCGGCUUCGCGGCGACGCGGCACAGCACCUCUCUCCCUCCACGACUUCCAGACCGACGUCGUCAUCCAGGGGGAGGUGGGGAAGGAGGACGGCCAGGUCCUCAGGGUGCUGAUGACACACGUGAUUCAGGCCACGGGGCUGACGAUCAACGAGACGGACUAUCAAUGCGCACCGAAGGUGGGGGAGUACAUCCACCUAGCUACCCAGGACCCCGCCGCCCAGCCAGGCCGGCUGCGGGUGCUCCUCUCGUCGAUUGACGACGUCCGCAAGCUUCACAAUGCCCUCCACGGUCAAACCGUGAAGGUGGGGCUCGACAGUGCCGGGAAACGGGCAGCGGAGCCGGGCCUGAGUACCCACCGGUUCCAUGACCCCGCAGGGUACUCUGGACACUUGCAUGGUGGAAUUCAGUAUUGGGAUGCUGAUGGCUCCACGGGCUUCCUCAUCGAGGUCGUGUGGUUUCUCCGCGCUGUGCCUACAGCGUCGAGCAGCCAGCUCCGCCACGAGAUGGAGGCCAUGCUGGACACGCG